CAUGAACUUCACUCAACCCUAGCUGUCUCUUGUGUUCGUCCAAUCCGAGGGUUUAACAAAUCCUUGCUUCUGAAACUGCGACACAAGAGAUUGAUAGAGAGACGUUGAAUUCAACAUCUUGCUUUUCAUUUUGUACUGUUUCUCUAUUUCUCUUCCAACGGCGAAGAGACUGCUGCCGGAAUGGAUAUGGAAGUACCCGCCGUCCAACUGCCGCCACCAGCUGCAAGGAACACCGUACCCUUCGCCCAAAAGCCCAACUUCAAGCCCCUGAAAGCCCACGAAAUUUCCGAUGGCCAAAUCCAAUUCCGCAAAGUCUCCGUGCCGCCCCAUCGCUAUACCCCGCUAAAGAAAGCGUGGAUGGAAAUCUACACACCUGUAUAUGAACACAUGAAAAUUGACAUCCGGAUGAAUCUCAAGGCCCGACGGGUUGAAUUAAAGACCAGGCAAGAUACCCCCGAUAUUAGCAACCUCCAGAAAUGUGCGGACUUUGUGCACGCCUUCAUGCUCGGAUUUGAUGUAAUCGAUGCCGUGGCAUUGCUUCGAUUGGACGAGCUUUACGUCGAAUCCUUUGAGAUUAAGGAUGUGAAGACUCUGAGAGGGGAGCAUUUGUCCCGGGCGAUUGGGAGGUUGAGUGGUAAGGGAGGGAAAACCAAGUUUGCAAUAGAGAAUGCGACCAAGACGAGGAUUGUGAUUGCUGAUACCAAGAUUCAUAUACUCGGCUCCUUUGCUAAUAUUAAGGUGGCAAGAGACUCACUUUGUAGUUUAAUUUUGGGAUCGCCUGCAGGAAAGGUUUACUCUAAGCUGAGAGCAGUGACUGCACGCUUGGCGGAAAGGUUUUGAAGUUCUCUUCAUCUUUUCUUUAAUCCUUGUUGGUUUAUGAUAGAGGAGCUUAGAUUAUUUGAAUGUAAUAUGGUGCUGAAAUUUUGGGCUUAUUAUAUUACAAUUUUUUUUGUUUAAAAGGCUUGUUGUUCUGUAUCUUUCUUCUUUGUGAACUUAUGAUGCAAAUAUACAAGCUUAUAAAUAUUUGAAUACAUAUGUGACCUUGAGAAUUGCAA